AAACAGUUGUUAUGUUUCCCUGUUUUCCCAGAGCCCCCAUUCCCAGAAGGGCAGCCCAUAGCCACAGCAGUGGAGCGGGACAGAAUCACUCUGACCUGCUCCGAGAACAUGUCUGUGCCUCCAGCCAGCACCACCUGGAGAAAAGGACUGCACCAGGAGGUCAUCAUGCCCGGACCGAAGUACAUCCUGUCUGAAGAUGGGCCUGUUCUCACACUGACCAUCGUCAACAGCAAGGAGGACGAAGGAUUCUACUUCUGCCGCAGUGAGAACCCCCUUGACAUCACUGAGCUGGAAGUCUACCUGACUGUGAAAGCAGCCUCCUCCACCUACACAGGGGUCAUCAUCGGCGUCUUUAUAGCCGCUCUGAUCGUGGGGACGACCAUCAUCAUCGCCAAAACGGUGUACAAUAACAGACACAGGAUCUGCUUAGGUAAUGAGCGGAGCAGAGAGGAGCAGAGGUGGCGACUUCGGGCAAAUGGAAGACUGGAUCUGGUAGAAUCUGACGACGAGCAGAUCUUUCAUGACACUGUUCCUCGGUUGCCUCCAUUACCCAACGGUAACCAUACAACGCUAGUCCAGAUACAUCGGCUCUUCUCCAGUAGGAUUUAUGUUUAUUGA